AUGGCGCGACUCACUCACUGGAAGCAGCCAGCCUCCAGCCCGGAGGAGCCCGACACCACUCUGGACAUGACUUUCCAGAUCCCAGAAGCCGGUCAUGCGACACAGCUACUGAACAUGGGAGACGACGACUUUCUCGAUGGGACAGACGACACCUUUGGCUCUCCCCAGCGCAGUCCUCAGCAACAUGCUUUGGCGCAACCUCCACUCACGCUUGAAGAACUCACGCCGCGAAAGAAAUUGAAGAGCAACCUAAGAGACGUACUGUCUACCAAAAUUUACGCAGAAUCAACACCCUUUCUGAAGCGAGACAAGUUCUCGCCUGUUCGCCGCACGCGUGCAGGUCAAGAUGAGGAAAACGUGCAACCACAUGAUAUGAUCCACGAAGCCGCAGAGGCAGCCCCAGCUGGUUCAUCGUCCCGGUCGACGUCGCCCAAACGAAUACCGUGCGCUCCCGCACGCCCGCAGUCUCAGAGACUGACUUCGGACGACGAUCUCGCCAGCUCGAGUCCUCAGGGGAAUGAAACCAUGGUGAAAUCGAUACCCCCGAGCGUUCCAGCUCCGGCCACAGGAUCUACCGAGACCUUGGAUGAAGCGCUCAGGCCAAUGAUCACCGCUGCCUCCAAAACCGUUCAUUCUGAGACGAAAUCUGAAACUCUCUCGAUGCCUUCCGUGCCUCGUGCCCAUCCGAAACCGUCUCGUUCACGGCAACAUACCAGAAACCCUUCGACCUUGAGCAACGAAGCAGUGAAGACGCUGAAAGCUGCUGCAACUCAUACUGCGCGCCCAAAGAAGACAACGACCAUUCCUGCUACGGACACACAGCGAGCCCCCGUGCAAGGACGGCCAAAGACCGCACGGCCUGUCGGAUCAACCGACGACACUGCCAAACCCGCUGAGACAGAGAUGCAGUGCUCAGAGCCUGAUAUGUCCCCAGACUCUGCUGCAAGCGUACACCCACAUGGGAGUGCCACUGUGAUUACCAACGUCUCCGAGUCGUACGAUGGCCUUUCAUACUCUCGACCGUCGACACCUCAAGGUCGCCGGGCGUCCAGUCCUUUGACGGUAUCCAAACUCUCCCCGUCGAAACGAACACCGGAUGCCGUACUCGCCCCGCUCUCGUCAGCGCCAAUGCAGAGCGCCGAACGCGCUCCGUCGUCUUCGAUCGCAACUACCCUCCAUCCGGUGAAGCCUGUGCCCUCGGCGCAGACUAAGUCCGGGCAACUGUCUAGGCAGCCACUUGCGUGGGCGCUGAGCGAUGCGCCUCGCAAUGACUUGCCAUCAGCCGCCCCUGCGCCGACAGCGGGUUCAUCGAGGGCAAAGGCGAAGCCAGUUAUGAAGGUGCUCGCUGGGAAGCCCCAGGUCAAGAAGCAGCCAGCGCGCCGUCGUUCCUCCGUGCAGCGGAAUUAUUGCGUGCCAUCGGUGGCCACGAAGCAAAAGUCCGUGCCUCGACCUGGUGCUUUGACUGCGAAGCGUCGCGCGGGAUUGCAAGACCAAGAACAGGCAGGUGCUGCCGCUCGCCGCCGAGACGCUGGGUUUGCGUCGUCUGGGGAAGGCAAGAAACCGAUGCAACGCCUCACAAAGCCAGUUGAGUUCCACUUCAAGGUGGAGUCGCGCCUGUCUGCGCGUAAGGCAUCCGAUACUCAAGAUGCGCCUGGAACUGUUGCUUUGCGCGACCCGUCGAUACCGGACUUUGCGGCGCGCCAUGCAAUCGAGGCGGAGCGUACUCAAGCCCGUAAGGGGCGCAUCGCCCCGACUAUCCCUCAAUCGCCUGGCUUCACGGUGAAUGCCCGCCUUCGCGAACGUGAAAAGUUUGAGGAAGGUCGUCGCGCUCGCGAGGCGGAGAUAGAGCAACAACGGGAGCUAGAAAGGCAGCGCGAGCGUGAGGCCGAGGAAGCUGAGUUGCGUAGACUACGCAAGCUCGCCGUUCCGAAGGCCAAUGCAGUUCCCGAAUGGUACGCACAUGCACCCAAGAAGAGUAGUCGCUCUGCCUCGUCCAGCACUUCAGGGGCUGCAUGA